UAUGAGAUGAGCUCGGGAAAUAGCUGCGACAGCCUCAGUGACUCAUCCAUCCCAACAAGAGUAGGACCAACAACACCCAAAAGAGGACCCCCUAAAUUCAAACAGAGAAUGACUAGACAAUUCAAAAGCAAACCUCCCAAGAAGGGAGUCAAAGGAUUUGGUGAUGAGAUCCCAGGAAUGGAGGGUCUUGGCACUGACAUCACUGUGGUGUGUCCAUGGGAAGCGUUUAGCCAUCUGGAGUUGCACGAGCUCGCCCAGUAUGGUAUUAUUUGAGACGGACUACAGGAAGAUGUCACCUGGACUUGUUUAAUAGACUAGCUCCACCUGGAUCCCAAAUGAAGGGUGCUGCAAACGGACACCACUGCCUAGGCCUAUAUAAUCUUUUGCAAACAGCUGAGUUAUAGACACUAACCCACCUGUCUAUGAAUGCGUGAUUCAUUUAAUAGUGGCAAUUCAAAUGCAGAAGGAAACAGGUUUAUGAUGUUUUGGAUGAUAGAAAGGUGACCGUCCAGAAAAACAAUGUGGAAUUUCUUUCCAGUCUGUUUAUUUUCUACUGCACAUAACCAAAACACAAUACAGUGGUACAAUCUGUUUUUAUUUGUGCUAGUUCUAUAUUUUGUCAUUUUUUUCUCUGAGAGGAAAGGCCUUAUAAGUUAUUGGCCGUUCACAUCACUUUAUCUGGCAUUUGGCGUUUUAGACCAAACUUAGUUUUCAUGUUUGGCUUAAUUUAAAACUAGGGCUGUCAAAUGAUUAAUCACGAUUAAUCA